ACUGGCUCCAAGUUCCCUCCCCAGCUCUCCGGCGGAGCCUGCCUGAGCCCGCCCCUCUGUGCUGAGGUGCAAACGCGGCGGCGGUCAGCCCAGCCCUCCGUUGCCGCGCGGUCUAGGCCCGUUCGGCCCCUGGGGUCCACUCGGAUCCGGCGGUGAGGACCCGGCGGCCGCUUCACGUCGGCCUGCAGUGCCCCGCGGGGCCCAAGCUCCUCCUCGCCGUCUCCGGAGCCUGGUGCCGGGCCUGGCCGCCUUGCAGGGGCGGGAGCGCGGCGAAGAUAUUUCCUGCUGCAGAGUGCACUUUAAGCAAGGAAGGCUUUCCUUGCCUUUGCCUGCAUUCCAUAAAAUACUCAUUGCCUUUUCGGCUUAUUCUGUCACUGUACUGAGGAGCACGGUCAAGCAUUCUGAGCGAAAGGACCUGAGUGGUCGAUUCCUGAGUCUUUCUGUCAGCAAGACUCUAUUCUAUCCUCCCGUUUGAAGGAUUGUCUGAGAAAAAAAAAAUCUCUGCCUGCAGUUAAGCACAAAGACCUGAAGGAGACUCCCACAGCCUUCAGAGAGAAGAAAGGAGGCAGCCAAGCCGAUUAAAAGGAACUUGUGGCUUGUGGCCUUUUUGUGCAGGGGCCGCCUGGAGGGAGAGAAAAGUGCGCUGAAGCCAGGGCGGCAGUUAGUGAGCUGUGAGAUGAGGAGCAGCUGCGGCUGACACCGCUUCCAGUAUCCUUCGUCUGCCCUUUGUGCUUCGUGUACAUGUGUCUGUUCAGGCCGGCCGGAGGCGCCCAGAAGAGCAUCCACCACGGCUGCCGGGGAAAGACCGCCCACCAUGCCCACGGAGACGCUACAGACAGGUAGCAUGGUGAAGCCGGUCAGCCCCGCGGGCACCUUCACGUCCGCGGUGCCCCUGCGCAUCCUGAACAAAGGACCCGACUACUUCCGCAGGCAGGCCGAGCCCAACCCCAAGAGACUCAGUGCAGUGGAGCGGCUGGAGGCUGACAAGGCCAAGUACGUCAAAAGCCAGGAGGUGAUCAACGCCAAGCAGGAGCCGGUGAAGCCGGCUGUGCUGGCCAAGCCCCCGGUGUGCCCAGGAGCCAAGCGCACACUGGGCAGCCCCACUCUCAAGGUGUUUGGCAACCAUGCCAAGACCGAGAGCGGUGUGCAACGUGAGACCCUCAAACUCGAGAUCCUCAAGAACAUCAUCAAUAGCUCCGAGGGCUCCAGCUCUGGCUCUGGCCACAAGCACAGCUCUCGAAACUGGCCUCCUCACAGGGACGCCACUGACCUGCACCGGCACUCCUUCGCUGAGUCGCUGAAGGUAUACCCUACACCUGGGCGAGGUAGCCCACAGGAGAGCAGCUCCCACGUGAGCAGGAGACUGCUGGAGCAGUCGGCAGACUCUUUCCUGCAUGUCUCACACAGUUCCUCAGACAUCCGCAAAGUGACCAGCGUGAAGCCCCUUAAAGCCAUCCCCUGCAGCAGUUCUGCCCCUCCCUUGCCUCCCAAGCCCAAGGUGGCAGCCACGAAGUCCCCUGAGGCUGACCAGGUGGAACCAGCCUGUGGGGUCAGCCGGAGACCUUCCCUUCAGCGAUCCAAGUCAGACUUGAGUGACAGGUAUUUCCGAGUAGACGCGGACGUGGAGAGGUUCUUCAACUACUGCGGACUGGACCCGGAAGAGCUGGAGAACCUUGGCAUGGAGAACUUUGCAAGGGCUAACUCUGACAUCAUAUCCCUCAACUUCCGCAGCGCAAGCAUGAUCAGCUCAGACUGUGAACAGUCUCAGGAUAGUAACAGUGACCUUAGAAAUGAUGACAGUGCCAAUGACCGGGUGCCAUAUGGCAUUUCUGCCAUCGAGAGAAAUGCUAGAAUCAUCAAGUGGCUGUAUAGCAUCAAACAGGCUAGGGAGUCACAGAAGGUGUCCCAUGUGUAAGGGGCUUUAGGGGCGGAAAGGAGCAGAAGGUGUCCCAUGUGUAAGGGGCUUUAGUGGCGGAAAGGAGGGAGGGGUGGGUCUGUCUGUGCAUACACAGUUGUGAAGGUUGUGAGGUCUCCUUGAAGUGUUGUGAGCUUCUCCACUCUUUGUGUUGCUUGUUGUGCAAUGUUCUCAAGUUGCAUGCCUGUCAACAUGGCGCCUGGCCUGGCUUCCUCCUCACCUCUCUGCAGAGUCUUGCUGAAUACUCAUCUGCCAAAAGUUUUCCAGCCAGAAUCUGACUGCCUAGGGCUUUGCUCUUAAGCAAAACUGUUUACAGGAGGGAAAAAAAAAAAGUUUUCAAUUUCUUCAAUAUUUAUGUGGUUCUUGUGUUUUUAUACCCCGCACUGUUGUGUCUUAAUUAAAAGUUUUAUCAACUGGCUUUUAAGUUGAACACAGAAUCUUUUUGAAAUAAAAAGCCACUUUGCCUAAAUGGGAGAUCAUAACACUGGGAAAUGUAUGAGACACUCUGCUCCGGGAGAAGACUGACAGAACAGAGAACCAGGCUAGAGUUUGUUUCUAUGGAAUCCAGCGGUGGGCCUUGCCCAUGUUUUGCCAUUCUCUUGCCACUUAGUGGAGCGUUCUGGGGCAACAGUGUGGUCUUGCGUCCAAUUUAGUGUAUAUGUCAGUGGUAUUUUUGUAGUGGAAGACAAUCAAACAAAACCCACGAUAAGCAAAUGCAGGAGGUUCAAUACUGGGAGGGGGUGGGGGGAGACUGUUGAUGCUGUUCAAACGGUCAAACGGGGAUAAUUCCCAAGUAUCUAGGAUUAACCUGACAGGAAGACCCACCCUAAAGCUGAUUAAAGCUGAUAUUGAAUUUUUUUUUUUACAAAGUUACUUUGUGGGAUUUUAUUUGUUUUUGUUGUGCUGUUGGCCAAGAACUACUAACACAUGUUGGUUUUUUCUCUUUCUCCCUUUGUAGUUGUUCUGUUUGGCGAGGGUGAGUUGGGGCUCCACAGGUUUGCACUGAGGACGGGAAGGGAAGUGAGAUUACCAUCCCUCAGUACAGUCUCCCGUUCCACAGUGCUUCUGUCCCUCGGGACUGUCUCUGUGGAAGCAGAGUCGCAUCUCAUUCUCUUACCUUGCCCUUCUCUCAGGCUCUGGGUAUUUGUUACAGCUUUAGAAAACUGUGGAAACACUGUAGCUUUCCGCCUGGUCUCCUGUUGCCUCUUCCCCAAUAACCUGCCCUCUGGGUGAGUUCAGGAGCUGUGAACCAGGCGGCCCAGAGGGCACCAGGCAGUGUGUGCUGCAAGGCUCUGGCAGCCCGCAGGUUCUCGGCAGGUUCUCGGCAGAGCCACCUUCGUCUUCCUCAGCUACUAGGAGCCUUUAAACGGUGUGAAUGCUGUAAGACUCUGUACAUACUUCAGUUGUUCUGGAACCUAAGAAGAAAAGAUAUGCUAAUAAAUAGCUCUGUAGGCUCUACC